GUUUGUAGCUGCGUUAGCUCCGUCAGUAAGUUAGUUGACCAGCCUUCCUACAGCCUGCUGGACGCACAAAGGCUGAGUAGGUUUGUCAUUUUUUACUGCGAUACAGACGAGUAGAAAACCAGGUAAACUAAGUAACAUUUCGGGUGGAAGAUAUCGGUGGAGAUGUGUAAUAAGCUGCAUUGGACACUAAGGACCUACCUGGCUGCCAGCCUAUCAUCUGACAGCUGUCACCGCACCUAGCUGCUCAGCUAGCAGGUUAGGUGAGCUAACGGCUAACAAGUGUUUUUUUGGGCUCAUUGCCUGGCUAAUGUAGCCAGCCAGUGCUGCUCUCUGUUCAGAGUGGAAAGCGGCGACUUCCGCAUGGACGUUUUAUCUUGUUAUUUUCACAACAAUAUUUGUCUCCGCCUGCUGUUCAAACCAUGAGCUAGCCGAGGAGCGUCGGACCGCAGUGUUUGGAAUAUUUUGAGGUCCGGCUAGUUGGCUAGCACUUAGCUCGAAGCUAGCAGACUGCAUUCAUUCAAUUAUUGAAAAACCGCUAAAGCGCUAACACCAGCACCUCAACUAACAGAGACUGGUGAUAUCCAAUCUAAAUUGUUGUUACGACACUAAUACAGUUUUGGCUUGAUCGUGCUUUGGAUAACUUCGGGAGGAAAUGAAGAAAUUUUUUGACUCUCGUCGGGAGUUGGUGAGCUCCGGGCCUGGCUCCGGUGUCGGUGGAGGAGGCGCUGGUUCCGGCGGCGGUGGCAGCUUCAUCGGACGGGUCUUCACCAUUGGACGAUAUCAAGUGACCGUCGAGGAAAUUGUCGCCGAAGGAGGCUUUGCCAUAGUUUUUUUGGUGCGGACUCAUCAAGGCGUACGUUGUGCACUAAAAAGGAUGUAUGUCAACAAUGAACACGAUCUGCAAGUCUGCAAACUUGAGAUACAGAUUAUGAGGGACUUAGUGGGCAACAAAAACAUAGUUGGUUUCCUGGACUCCAGCAUAACUGCAGUUGGAGCUGGCGAUGUGUGGGAAGUCUUGAUCCUAAUGGACUUCUGUCGAGGUGGGCAGGUGGUCAACCUAAUGAACCAGCGGUUACAGACGGGUUUCACUGAAGCUGAGGUGUUACAGAUCUUUUGUGACACUUGCGAGGCGGUUGCUCAUCUCCACCAUUGCAAGACUCCGAUCAUCCAUCGAGAUCUCAAGGUGGAAAAUAUUCUUCUGCAUGACCGGGGACACUACGUGCUCUGUGAUUUUGGAAGUGCUACUAAUCGCUUCCAAAACCCUCAGACAGAGGGGGUGCCAGUUGUGGAGGAGGAAAUCAAAAAGUACACCACUCUGUCAUACCGCGCUCCAGAGAUGGUCAACCUCUAUGGUGGAAUGGUUAUCACUACAAAGGCUGACAUUUGGGCCAUGGGUUGUCUACUCUAUAAGCUGUGCUACUUCACACUUCCUUUCGGGGAGAGUCAAGUGGCUAUCUGUGAUGGAAGCUUCACUAUCCCAGACAACUCGCGCUACUCCCAGGACAUGCAUUGUCUCAUUAGAUACAUGCUGGAACCGGACCCAGAUAAGAGACCAGACGUCUACCAAAUAUCCCACUUUGCCUUUAAACUGGCUCGACGAGAGUGUCCAGUCCCGAAUGUAAAUAAUUCACCCAUUCCUUCAAAACUUCCCGAGCCUAUCAGGGCCAGUGAAGCAGUGGCCAAAAAGAGUCAAACCAAAGCCAGGCUCACAGACCCCGUUCCUACAUUGGAAACCUCAAUUGCACCUCGCCAACGACCCAAGGCUGGCCAGUCUCAGCCUCAGCCGAUAUCAGGCAUCCUUCCCAUCCAGCCAGCUCUCACCCCACGCAAGAGACCCAGUGUGGCUGCUGGAGCACCACAGACCAUAGGUGUUGGUAUUCAUGUCCCACCUCCAGGUGCAGCUGCUGUCCAAGCUGCACAACAGACUCCUGCCGCGCCGCAGCUAGCUCAGACAGCCAAUAUGCAGCCACAGGCUACACCGCAGCAUCAGCAGCUCCUUAUGAAGCAGCAGCAGCAAGCCGCAGCCUUCCUGAGCCCACAGAGUAACCAGCAGCAUCACCUGAUACAGAGCCUCCAGCAGCAACAACAAACAGCAUCUCAGGUGUCCACCCUGCUGCAGUCCAAAGCUAAGCCCGUCCCUUCAGUUAUCUCCCUGCAGCAGCAGCAGCAGCAGCAGCAGCAUGUAGCCUCUGUCCAUGAAACAGCAGCCUCUCAUCUGAAUCCCAUCCCCGAGUCUGCGGUCAUUGGUCCUGCAGCUGACCCAGAGACGGCCGGCCAAGGGAUUCACAAAGUCGGCUCACUGACACCCCCAUCUUCACCAAAGAUGGCCCCUAAGAGCGGCCACAGACGCAUAUUGAGCGAUGUCACUCACAGUGCCGUGUUUGGGGUCCCAGUCAGCAAGUCCACGCAGCUACUCCAGGCAGCCGCAGCUGAGGCUAGCCUCAACAAGUCCAAAUCAGCCAGCACCACUCCUUCAGGCUCGCCCUGCUCGUCCCAACAGAGUGUAUAUCAUCCAGGUGAUAAUGACACCCAAUCAGCUCUUACUGCACCCAACACUCAGCCCAGCUGGAACCCCUUUGGGGACGAUAACUUCUCCAAGCUCACAGCAGAGGAGCUGCUCAACAAAGACUUUGCAAAGCUAGCAGAAACUGCUGCACCAGGAGAGAAGAUCACGGGCUCCGGUGAAAUUCCAGGACUCAAUGCUUUUCCAGAGAAGCUGAUUGAGGGACUGAAGUCCCCUGAAACUUCUCUGCUGCUCCCUGACCUCUUAACCCUGACCAGCCCCUUCAAUAGUUCUGCAGAGAGCUCCACCAAUGUGAAGGCAGAGGUGUGUUUGGCUUCACUGAUUCCCGGUCUAGAAGCUCCCCAGGCCCAGCGACACGCAGGCCAGCCAGAGCUCAUCCCUACCAGCAUGGCAGACUCUCUGACUGGGGAAGACUCUCUGCUGGGUUGUGAUCUUUUAUCUCAUACUUCUCCUCAUGGAAACCAGUCUGUUUCUGCUCUCCCUUCCUCCUGCUCCUCUGCUCCUCCUGGCUCUGGCCCUGGAUCCUGUCUGGAGGAGCUGCCACCCGGUCAGACAGCUGCUGACUCUGCUUUCCUCAUGUCGUGUGGGGAGAAGGGCAAUGACGACGAGUUUGACCCUAUUCCUGUGCUCAUCUCCAAAAACUCAAAUCAAGAUGUGCCAGGGGAGAGUAAUGGCUACUCUGUGCUCGGUGAGGGACAAGAGACUGAACCUCCAGAAGGAGAUUCUCAGGCAAAAGAGGGAUGUGUGCACUCCAGCGAUGAAGAUGAGGAGGAGGAAGAAGCCCAAAAAGAAGAGCAGCAGCAUGAGGGAGCCAUUGAGAGUCAUGCGGCAGCCCAUGACUGCAGCGGCUCCAGACCUCUGCUGCUGGACUCUGAGGAUGAAGAAGACCCUCAGUUAACCCUCCACUCAUCUCCACACUCCAACGCUGCACCAACACAACCAUCCACUACCUUCCACCAACCUGCUCCAAGCACCUUUGCUCAGAAUCAUUCCCAGCAUGUACACCAAACAGCAAAAGGGGCGGACGUCGCUGCAGAUGUUUUCUCAAAAGCCCCCUUUCGGAUUGCGCAAGAAGAGGCAGCUGAUGUGUUUGCUAACGCUCCAUUUCCUCGUGCCCUUGUUGCAGCUCCGCAGCAGUUCGAUGUAUUCUCUCAGGCCCCCUUCGGAAAAAGAAAGGAGGCUGCAGGAGCUCAGCCCUCCUAUCCUCAUGCAGCUGGAGGUCACGCCCCUGAUCAAGGUUUGUUGGGACAAGUUGCCCAGCAGCCAUUCCGCCCACAAGCUCUGGCCAAAUAUUCCCGACACUUUGAGGGACCCGUGCCCCAGCAGCCUGUAGCAGCUCAUCGAGUAGUGUCUAACGUGAGCAGGCAAGCCGCUGUGGCAUCCGUCCCUGUUGGACCUCUUCACUCAUGGACCUCAGAAGUGAACGCUGUUGACCCUUUCGUCUCUGCACCCUUUCACCUCAAGGCCCCGCAGGAAAAGCCCUGAACGCACACUCAGAGGUCAGGACAGGGGGUUAUCAGCGCUCAUCACUGAAUUAUGCAAACUCUACCAGGCGUACUGCAUGCUGUCACCAGCGCUGCAGCUGGACUGCAGGCCUGCAUGGAUCUCAUUCUUAACUGGCUCCAAUUAGUGAUAGUGCAAGGUCAUCGUUACACUUGAAUGCUCCGUUAGACUAAAAAAAAAAAAAAUCAUUCCCUGACGCCUAGUCGCUUUUUAUUUUCCCUUUGGCAUCCUAUUUCUGUUUAAAUUGUCUUUAAUCUCUUUGGUACGUUCAUCAUCUACACAAAGACAAUAUGGUGGUCAAGCAUUUGAUUGUUUUCUUGCCUACCUCAGUUACUUUUCAUGUCAGCACUAAAACUCCACACAGUGAGGGAGUCUUUAGACUGUCUGCAACUUCGGCAGGUUCAUUUCCUGUUUAUUUGAGCUUUGAAACCAUGAUGUGAUAACUACGGAAGCCGAAAGUAGCCGCGCCUGCAGUUAUAUUUUUACUGUAGAUUUAUUGAGGUCAUGACUUAGUGAUUGUACUUUCAGAUUCAUUUAUGUUGAUUCUCCUGAAAACAAAAGGACAAUUUCUAUCUCUAGAUAACAAGAAUUUAUUACAAGAAAAAGCAGUCAUGGCUUCAGUCAGUUGUUACAGUUGUAAAGACGCCAUCUAUACACGUCCGCAUGGCGCUCCUGAUCUCUGAUAAACAUUAUACGGAAAUCAGAAGAAAUUACUUUAUCUUUUCUUGUGUUAAUGGGUUUAUUUUCUUGUUAUCUUGAGAUGACAAAGCACGUUUUUUUUUUUUAGAUAACAAAAUGAUUAACUUAUCUUGACAUAAUCGCUUUAAAAAAAACAACAACAACAAAAAACAGCAAGCAUUGCUGCUCUCGGCUUCCGUAGAUAACGCCUCACUCCUACAUUAUGUUAAUUUAGGAGGUCAUAACUUCACAGAGGCUUGGAAGAGGAAAAGACACUGUAGAGAUAUAUCAGAACAUUAAUCUGCAUUUACAUCAAGAAAGAAAUUUGUAAACAGCCUUACAGUCAUGCCGUCAAAUUCAGUAGUUUGGGGCAGUUUGGUCUUUAUGCACGACAGUUUGUCUUGAAGCAGAUGCUGGAUAAUAUUGCAUCGACAUUUCAAGGAUAUUCAAGGAUGCUGAUGUGAAAUACAACUUUUUCUUCAUUCAUUGUGAAAUGUUUUUAUUUUAUCAUGUGUAUUAUGUGUGUGGUCGUUGUCCUGUCUCAUGAAAUGGAAUAUCAGCAUUUAUUCCAUUAAACCUCCAAACCGUGUUUAAAUGUUAGGCAUAGAAAAUACAUAAUAGUGGUUCUUAUUUUAGAUAUCAUGUAGAAGACUCAUUUUUAUUUGUUUUCACUUUCUUUACAAGAUGAUAUCUCUGAAGCCUUACGCCUCCGACCACAUCAAAGUGCAUAAAUCACUUUUGCGUUUUGUGCCCUCCUUAAAAAGACUGCUGCAUUCACAUCAUUUUAUUGCACUUGCAUUCUGCACAAAAUACUUGUGUACAAUCAUGUACAACUUCUUUUUGCUAUCUGCAGUAUGCUAUUGCACCAAGUUUUUCAUUCAGCUCUGUGACGCAUCUCUGCCGUAGCUCUCUAUAAACUCCAAAUCUGUACUAACUGACACUUAUCAACAACUAAAGUGAAAACUUAAACUGCAACUUUAAAUAAAAGCUUUGCUGCAGUCACACAAAUAUCCACAGCACUUAAGCUUUGCAGUUCCAGUCAGGGAUUGUUGUAGUUGUAUCUUUUAAGUGAGAUCUUGAAUGUUGACCGAUUGAUGACAUUCCUUUUGAGUUGAUUUCCAUCGUCAUUUGGGAAUAUUUUAUUGUCUUUGUGCUCUGUAAAAUCAUGGAACACUUUUUGGUUCCCAUCAUGGCACUUUUCAGAAAGGGGAUCCAACCUGUUUCAGCCCAAAGUUUAAUUCAUGUAUUACUCUGUUGCGAUGUAAAACCCUUUGUUUUCUUUUCUUUUUGAAGUGUACAAUCUUAUUUUUAUAUAAUUGCUCACUUUUCUUACCCACCUUGUAUACAUGAAGGUUGCACAUAGUCACUGACACAGAGUCAGGGUUCCUACGAAUGUGUUUUGAUUGUAACACAGCUGUAUAAUGUAUUUCAACAAGUGUUGUAUAGGAACUCUGAGGAGGAUUCAACAACUGACGAUGCUGUUGGACAAAAACAAAGCACUUGAAAUACUUGUUAUGCUGCACAGCCUGCCUUUGAAAACUAUGUUGUAAGUCAUAAAAAACCUAUUAAAUGAAUGUAAAUCAAA